UUGGGGAAUGACGGUUGGAGAGGAGCGGGCCAGACGAAAGAGCAGCAUACCCCUAAGAGGACAGAGAAAACAGGCAGGCAGGGAACGUAACAGGAAGUGGUGACUUGAGAGAGAAGAAGCGUGGCAGGGGCAGAAAAGCAAAUUAGAAAUAAAAAAAGGGAUUAGGCAAAAGAAGAAACCAACUGAACCAGAGGGAAAGUGAGAGCAGAGAAAGUGUGAGUGAAAGACAGACAUCUACCCAAAAAAGGGAGCUAGUGUCUGCCAAUUGCACUGCAUUGACUGUAGGAAUAGACUUCUAAGGACCCAUAGACAGAGGGAUCUAUAAACAGAGAAAUUAGGGAUUGGGUCCCAUGCUGUUAGCCAUGGCUCUAACUUUCAAAUUCCCAUACCAUCUUCAGAGCUGGGAUCACAUUUUUUGAGAGCAUUGCUGAAGUUACCACCUGGUUCUCCAUUCUCUCACUGUUGGCUCAGGAAUACAAGAACUCAUGGGACAUGACCAGGAAAGAAAAGAAAAAACAAACAAUAUGCAAGGAAAGGAAAGAAGAGUUGUGGAAAAUUUGCUGGCCAGAAGAUAAAGAAAAAUAGGGAUAUGUCCUCAGCACCAACCACUCCUCCGUCAGUGGAUAAAGUAGACGGAUUUUCUCGGAAGUCCGUCAGAAAAGCCAGACAGAAGAGGUCACAAAGCUCCUCCCAGUUUAGGUCUCAGGGCAAGCCUAUUGAAUUAACUCCUCUGCCUCUUCUAAAAGACGUUCCAUCUUCAGAGCAGCCUGAACUGUUCCUAAAGAAACUUCAGCAGUGCUGUGUAAUUUUUGACUUCAUGGACACACUAUCAGACCUUAAAAUGAAAGAAUACAAGCGCUCCACUCUUAAUGAACUGGUGGACUACAUUACAAUAAGCAGAGGCUGUUUGACAGAGCAGACUUAUCCCGAAGUAGUUAGAAUGGUAUCUUGCAAUAUAUUUAGAACUCUCCCACCCAGUGACAGCAAUGAAUUUGAUCCAGAAGAAGAUGAACCCACCCUUGAGGCAUCAUGGCCACAUUUACAGCUUGUAUAUGAGUUUUUCAUACGAUUUUUGGAAAGCCAAGAAUUCCAACCUAGCAUUGCCAAAAAGUACAUAGAUCAGAAAUUUGUAUUACAGCUUUUGGAGCUGUUUGACAGUGAAGACCCUCGAGAACGGGACUACCUAAAAACAGUCUUACACAGAAUUUAUGGCAAGUUCCUUGGUCUUAGAGCAUUUAUCCGAAAACAGAUUAACAAUAUUUUUCUACGGUUUGUUUAUGAAACUGAACACUUCAAUGGUGUAGCUGAACUCCUGGAAAUAUUAGGAAGUAUUAUCAAUGGUUUUGCUUUACCUCUUAAAGCAGAGCAUAAACAGUUUCUGGUGAAGGUGCUGAUUCCUUUACAUACUGUCAGGAGUUUAUCACUCUUCCAUGCUCAGCUGGCAUAUUGUAUAGUACAGUUUCUGGAGAAAGAUCCUUCACUCACAGAGCCAGUCAUUAGAGGUUUAAUGAAAUUCUGGCCAAAAACCUGCAGUCAGAAAGAGGUCAUGUUCCUUGGGGAGCUGGAGGAGAUCUUGGAUGUGAUUGAACCUUCACAAUUUGUCAAAAUUCAGGAACCUUUAUUUAAACAAAUUGCCAAGUGUGUUUCGAGUCCUCAUUUUCAGGUGGCAGAAAGGGCGCUGUAUUAUUGGAAUAAUGAAUACAUCAUGAGUUUGAUAGAAGAGAACUCCAACGUUAUACUUCCCAUCAUGUUUUCCAGUCUUUAUAGGAUUUCCAAAGAACACUGGAAUCCGGCUAUUGUGGCUUUAGUCUACAACGUGUUGAAGGCGUUUAUGGAAAUGAACAGCACCAUGUUUGACGAGCUGACAGCCACUUACAAGUCAGAUCGUCAGCGCUUAUCCAAAGCGGCAGGUGAAAAAAAUGAGGAAACUUCGGGAACUCCGAGCAGUUUGCGACUUCGUUUAAGUCAUGCCUUUUGUGUGACUCGGGGUUCCCACAAGCAAAGUGAAGGGUACUGUAUGUCAUCAAACCUUGUUAGUGAGAAGAAGAAAGAGAAGGAACGUGAAGAACUGUGGAAAAAACUGGAGGAUUUGGAGUUAAAGAGAGGUCUUAGACGUGAUGGAAUAAUUCCAACUUAACAAAAGAAACAAAGCAGCAUUAUUAACCUGUGGAGUCACACAUUUAUGUAGUAGAAGAUGGAGCAACAGUUUUCUGUAUUGUGCAACUUUACAGUAGAUUUCACAUUUGUUUCAUUAUUACAACAGCACUGUAUAUAACUGUCUCUAAGUAAAGGAAAAAAUAAGGACUUUUCUCCAAAGUUUGGACAGCAGAUGGACUUCUCAGAACUUUGCAACAUAAUCAUUGUUUUGACCCUUCUUUAAAUCCAGUCUUCAAAGAUCUGUUGAUGAAAAUUGCUAUGUCAAAAUUUCAUUGUCAGGACCUGUUCCUUAUUUAUCAUUAGCAGAGAGUAUGAUACAACUUUCAAAUGUGAACAAUCUUAAAUUUAGCUUGCCUUUCUGCUAAACUGUUAAAUGUAUUUAUAGUAAAAGAGAAAAAAGAUUGUCAUUUCCUUUUGAGUUUGUGUAACAUCCUCCUUCUCUGGAUAACUUUACUGUAAUUUGACAUUUUUUUCCCUUUUGCACAUCUUCAUAAGUUGAAUGUCCAUGCAGAUCAGGGCCAUGAAAAAUAUAGGUCCCUAAGAUUUUGUUUACUGGUGUGAGUAUCUUUCUGGUACCAGGCUAGCACUGGUACUCCUUCAAUUUAAACAUUAGGAGUAAAAAUAAAGAGAUGAUAAACAUAGUAGGGAAGGAAAUUUCAGAUUAAUGCAUCAAUUUAUUGUGAAUCCACACUGUCUUGAAUCCUUUGAAAAUGGGCAAUAGUAACACCAUGAACUUCAGUACCUAACCAGUAUUAGUUACAUGUCAUUGGACACACAUACCAGAGCUGUUUUGGUAAUACUAAUGGCUAAAUGAUUACUAUAUACAUUUUAUUGGACCAUUUUGAAAUUAUAACGACAAACGCUAAACAGUACAAGCAUGAAAUUGAUCUCCAGUGGUCAUGGGUCUAAUUGGGAACAGAGCUGAGCAAACAGUUUGGACUGUUUGGAGUUGUUGCCUUACUUUUUAAUAUGUAUUUAUAAAGUAUUCCAGCAAAAGAGGAUGUAGCCUCUAAAAACAUACUAUAGUGUUUUUGUGACUGUAGUACUAUUACUCAUCACAGCGCCAGCCCUAUGGUUUUAGCUGGAAAGGAUUCUGGAUAAUAUACUUCUGCAUUCUGAAGUGGAUGCUCAUUCCUAACUACUGUAUUUGUUACCAAAAGUGGUUCUACAAAUGCUACUGAAAAAAAAUUCUGGAAAUCCUAAUGUCCUGAGUAUUAAUAAUAAAGUUUAAAAUGCUUUUA